UGAUGGGCAACCUUAUUAGCGGGGCGACGCAAGACUGUGCAGUGCCAGCUCCCAAUGAUACGCUGAUGAAAAACAAUGCAUCUUGUUUGGGGACUUUUACGUUGUGCUCUGUGCAUAUACAAUGUCUCUUCCUCGCUUACCCCUGACUAUUUCCUACCUAGUUCAUCCGACUAACAGCAAGGUGAACGUGGCCGUCGUAGAAAACACCCUUCUCAAUGGACUGGAUCAACCCCGACUCUGGUUUUACCAACCAUGAUUUUACUGUCUUCAGUUACCCAUACGAGCACGUCCCUGCCCGAGAUUACCACACCAAGGAAGCAGGACUAGGCAGCAACAUCGACCUCUUCAGUUUAGGACCCGAGCUUGAGCAGAGACAAAGGGCGGUAGCAAUAUGGAAAUUGGAUGCAGAUGAAGUCUCAUUGCAAGAUCAAGUCACCAGGGGCGUGGAUCAAGAACAAGUCUUCAAAAACAACUCCAUAUGA